AUGGGCCAAGAACUUUCGAAACAGAAUUGUCCUCUCUCUCUCUUCUCCGCGUGUCGAAAUCUCUUUGCGGAUUGGGGAUGUUUACCUACAAGACGAGAUGCUGGAGGGGUGGGAAAUGCAGUUCCUGUGGCUUCGGUUUCAGAUAUUGGAGAGAUUGGAAAUGCAAUUCCCAUGACAUCGAUUCCAGAUACAACAGGGAUAGUAAAUCCAAUUCCUAUAACCUCGGUUCCACAUGCUAGAGGGAUAAAAAAUCCAAUUCCCAUGCCCUCAAUUCCAGAUAUACCAGACACAAGAAAUACAACUCCAACAACAUCGAUUCCAGACGUAACCGAGAUCCGAGAUGCAGCUCCCAUCGAACACAACGACACCAAUACAUUGAGCGAGAAAAGUCAAGCAGAAGGCAAAACCAAUCAAAUUGAAGGUCUGUCCCUCGCUCAGCGAUUGAGAUUGAUCGAGCAGAGAGGUGUCCAGCUUGAAGCCUCGCAUGAUAGUAGGGUGUCUAUUACUUCCUGUUCGUUACCUCUAUUACCUUCAGGAAACUUCCCCGUCACUUUUCCCAAUCCAGUUCUCACUACAGUUUGCAAUACAGUUCCCACUACAAUUCCAGUUACAGUGGAUACUACAGUGAACACUGAAGUUCCCAUUGAAGUUCUCACUACAGAUCCCACUACAGUUCCUACUACAGUGGACACUACAGUAGACGAAUCCAACCUUUCACCAGCCGACGACAAGCAACCUUUUCUUUCCAUUACAGUGGACACUACAGUAGACGAAUCCAACCUUUCACCAGCCGACAACAAGCAACCUUUCCUUCCCAUUACAGUGGAAUCUACUACAGUGGAAACUACUACAGUAGAAACUACAGUUCCCACUACAGUAGACAAACUCAACCUUCCAGCAACCGACGACGAGCAACCAUCUUUCCCCUACACAAUAUAUGACUUUACCAAAUCCGGCUUAGUAGUAUCUGAAAUCAGUGGGAUUCAUGUAAGGGAGCAAUAUCAUCAAAUCAUGGAGAUCGUCGGCCAAGCUUGUGGCAUAUGCCCAAAGUGUACGAGUGACAAUCGUGCUCAGGAUUUGAUUGAUACGAUCAUUGAAAUGCGAUUCCCAGACUUGGAUAGCGCCCUCUUUCGGGAUGGGAUUCUGAGUGAAUUUGGAUUCGACGACUACUGGAAUGAGCUCAUAGUGGCCAAGCCCGAGGUCAGGAAAGGGUAUGUGAAGUAUGAAAAUUGGUACGCAAAGGUAUGGGAAGAUAUUGAAGCGAAUAACGAACUGCCAGCUAUUUCAAAGGCUAUCGAAAAAGAGUUUGCUCAAUCUCGAGAUUUUAGACGGAUCUUGGCAGGUAAACAAUACCCGAGAUGUAAAUGGAGAAAGAGGGGAUUACUUCUCUUCGUGAUGAGAAUGCGGAGAAUCCGAGGAAAGCUAGAGGAACGCCCCCAGACGCAAGAAAAACAAGAAACGCAAACGAUAGAAACCAGUGCAAACAAGAACCGCAAGACUAGAGACAAGGAGAAGAGGAGGAAAGUCAGGGACCGAGAAGAUAAGGUCGCGGCCAAAUUGCUCCAUGAUACAUUGGAAGAGUUAAAAAGGGUGACGGCUGAAGCAAAUGCAUGUAAUUAUAUAACGGCGCGCCGAGAGAACAAGCCUUUUGCAGAAAUUUGCCCUCCUGAAGUUGUUUAUUCGGUGUGGGAAGAGCAAGUAGUAUUCCUACUAUUUAUCAACAUUCCGAAAUUUGUUUCAUUGGUGAAGUUGAACUAG